AUGUCUAACGAAGGCGUCGAAAAAGAUAACAACCCUUUACUCGUUAUUCCUACGCCAGAUUUUCCAGUGAACAUGUCGAACGAAGAAAUCGUCGAAAAAGUCGUAAUAGAAAACAACAAUCUGGCUAAUAAUUCAGUUGUUAGUCCUACUGUUUCGAAUUCAAAAGGAUUGAAAGUUUUGGUCGUUGAUGAUGAUAUUACUUGUCUUACGACCAUCACCAAAUUGCUUAGUCGUUGCCAAUAUCAAGUAACUUCGAAGAAUAAUCCAAUUGAAGCACUAAAUCUAUUGGAAAAAAAUGAAGAAAAAUUCGAUUUAGUGUUAACGGAUGUUCGAAUGGAGGAGAUUGAUGGAUUUAAGCUACUCGAAACCGGUGUCAAACACGACAUUCCGGUGAUAAUGAUGUCAGGGUAUGAUGAUGAAGCGAUAGUCAAGAAAGGUGUUACAUAUGGUGCUUGCAACUACUUCCUUAAGCCUAUUAGUUUAUCGGAUGUUGAAGUUAUUUGGCAACAUGUGUUUCGAUACAAUCUCGAAAAGUGUACUAGAGGUAACAAGUUUGAUAAUAAUGAGAACGAGAAUCAAAGUAACAAGACUAAGACUAAUGUUAAGGAAGGCAAAAAAUUAGCCGGGAGUAGGGUUCGAUGGAAUGAUGAGCUCCACCUCGAUUUCGUGGGCGUGGUUGAGAGUCUUGGAGGGGUUGAUAAGGCGGUACCUAAGAAGAUUCUAGAGGUGUUGAGUGAAAGGCAUAAUAAUCUUACUCGAGAACAAGUUGCUAGUCAUCUUCAAAAGUAUCGAAAAGCUCUUUCUAAGCCCAAGAAGAAGAACAACAACAACAACAAAGGUGUCGAUGGUCAUUCAUUCAUGGUUCCAACUCAUGUUUCUUCUAAUAAUCAUCAGUACUCGAGUUCUAUUGCAAAUCGCCAACACCAUCUUCCUGUCGCGAAUGCAUCUGAUAGAGCAAGGGUUGCACCACAAAUAAACUACUCGCAAAUGAAUAAUUUUCCAAUGAUUAAUAAUAAUAAUAAUAAUCAUGUUGGACAACCUCAACCGUUGCAAGUUAGGCCUAGUCAAGUGAUUAUGCAACAACCUCGAAUGAUGCCAUAUGGCAGGAAUUUUAUGGGAAGCAAUAAAUUACCUCAAGUAAAUUAUCAUCUUCAUCAACAACAGCAACAACCGCAACAACUUGUACCUUAUGGAGAUUUUGGUUCGUUGCAUACAAAUUUUUUCGAGUCAGAUAAUAAGAUGCAAGUUCACGACGAGUUCUUUGAUAAUAGCCCUUCGAUUAUCAAUCCUUUUAACGAAAUUGCUUCCACAAAUAGCUUCUUAAUGGACGCGAAUAAUCAUUCUUCAUUGUUAGAUAGUUGGGGUGAUUUAUCAAAGACAUCAUGA